AUAAGGCAGGAGUCAUAUGCUUCGUAGCUUUUCCAGUCUCUUCUCGCUUUAUCCUGCACUGCAGAGGAGAAAUGGCUGCAUCAGACAGGUGACUUACUCUCUUUCAAUCAAUCCUUUGAUGAUGGCUCUCAAAUGUAAUUUCAAUUAAAAAACCUCCAUAUGCUUUUCCCACAGAUACCAUAGCAAUCUAUCAAGAAAAUCACAGUAUUUGGUUUUUUUUAAAAGAAAAAAACAUUGUUUGAAGAGGGAGAAAAGAGGAAGAGAGAAGCCUCUUAGCCCUUUUAAUUUAAAAUUUAUUUCACCUAGUACAUUACGUGGAUUAUCAGCAUCAUUUAAGAGCAUGCAUACAGUGCUAGUUUGUCUAUCCACCGGCGUGCCCACUCUUCUGGGGUUAAUUCUGCUGUGGAAUCCGUUGGUGGUUACAAGUCAGAAUGACACUGAGCCUAUUGUACUGGAAGGUAAAUGUUUAGUUGUCUGUGACUCAACACCUUCUUCAGAACCUGCGAAUAAUGCAUUGGGCAUGUCAGUGCGCUCUGGCACUGGCCGAGUGGCCUUCUCUGCCACUCGCCAAACCAACCACGAGCCCACAGACAUGAGCAAUCGUACCAUGAUCAUCUACUUUGAUCAGAUCUUGGUGAAUGUGGGAGGUCAUUUUGACCAGGAGAGCAGCGUCUUCUUAGCCCCAAGGAGAGGAGUGUACAGCUUUAACUUCCAUGUAGUGAAAGCUUACAACAGACAAACCAUACAGGUGAGCCUGAUGCUUAAUGGAUGGCCAAUGAUUUCUGCCUUUGCUGGUGACCAGGAUGUAACCAGAGAAGCAGCCACUAAUGCUGGAUUGGUGAUCAUGGAGAGGGGUGACAAGGCCUACCUGAAACUGGAGCGGGGCAAUUUGAUGGGGGGCUGGAAAUAUUCCACUUUCUCAGGCUUUCUGGUCUUCCCCCUGUAAAAUAAUACACAUAUCAAACCAUGUGUACAGAAGGAUUGGCCAGAAAACUGAUUUAAAUUAACAGAGCUGAAAAAAAAUGUCAUUAUGUCCAAGCAAGCAAGACUAAUCUAACAGUAGAAUAAUAAAAUAUCAGAUGAUUUAUAAGGAAACAUAUACAAUCUGAUCUUAUUUUUCAGAGUUAAUUAACAUUAUAUAUAAAAUCCUUUAAGCAAGAUCAUUAAAUAUAAAUAAGAAACAGGACUAUUUAUUUACUUCAUUUAAACGUGUUUUCUUGUACAGUACUGUGUAAAACUCUUAGGUUCCCUUUUUGUUUAGUACAAAUUUUGUUAUAGAUGUUCAUAUGACUUCUACAUGAUCAAUUCAGUACAAAAACAUUUUAUAUUUCCAAACAUUACUUUUGCAAGGAAAAAAUUAAAUGUUACAGGAAAAUGUUCAGAUAAAAACAUAAUGAAGGCUGCUGGGUUUCGCUGCAGAAAUAAGAAGCGAGUCGACAGUCAAAGUCUCCAGAAGAACUGUGGCUGCUUCUGCAAGAUGCUCAGUAACACUUCCAGCUCAUUUCCUUAUAAAACUGCACACACUGCACCUGAGAAUACUAAUUAAAAAAAAUAAGAUAAAGGAUUGUCAUACUAAAUAUAGACUUUGCUUAGUUUAUAACUGUUUACUGCUCUUUAUAGUAUUUUGUUUAUGUAGGAAGAUUUAAUUGAAUUCUUUUUAAAGGCCUUUUUGCUUUACAGCAUUUCUUUGCAUGUGCCUUUGCACAGUGACGGACUGAGAAACCCUUUAUAUGGUCAAAAUUUGACUUUUCUUAUUUUUAAAAUUUUAUUAUUACUUAUUUUUACUAUAUACAGUACUGUGCAAAAGUCUUAGGCACCAUUUUUAACACAAAUUUUGUAUUAGACAUAUAUUGACGACUUCUGCAUUAUUGGAUCAGUACAAACAACAUGCACUUUACAACAUGCACCUGAAUCUCUUGACAGUUCUGUAGCAAAGCCAUGUCCUGUCCCGCUGUAAACUGUUCUAACUGACCCUCAGCAGGCAGCUAAAAUUAGCUACAGUUUAUAAUAAUUUAUUAUUGACUGUAUGACUAACACUCAAUGUAGUUUGUUCAGGUUAGUCGCUCCUCUUUAAAUGCACUGCAGCAACAGAGCGAGCGGAGCGUAAGAGUGCACUUCACCACCACCACCUGCAGGUGGCAGAGUUUGAUGAAAGUCAGGGUGAACGGUGAUUUUUUUUUUUUCCCUGAAAAUAUGUUGUGCUGUGUGUAAAUGUUGACUACUGUUUACCAGUAUGUUUUCAUUUAAAAAUAUAUUAGCUACAUAUACUUACUUAUGUACGUUUGCUCUCAAAUAGUAGCUCAGUCAGUCAAGACUCAAAGCUUUAAUCUUUUCCUGACAAAAAAAAGGUCAAAUCAAUAUAUUUGUGCAAAUUAUACAAAUGCAGUUAUGUACAUAUUAAUUAACAAUGCUCUAUUUACCACUUUGAGUUAGUGUUUAGCAUCUUGCACCAUCUUAAGUUGUACUUCAGGUGUACAGCGUGCAGACUACCGGCCUGACGCAGGCGAUUGUUUACACACAGUAAACCAGGCGAGCAGCAGACCCACCUCCAGCCUGCUGUAUUUACUGCUCUCUGACUCCGAGGUCUCUACUGCACGGACCCCGGCUCCAGUUCUGACCUACUGCGCAAACUCAGUAAGGAUGGCAACUUUCAGUCUGACCAAAAAGGCUUCAAAACCACAUGAUGGGACUAAAUGGCUUCAUAUUAUCCACUCAUAUGUACAGCCGUUGGGUAAAACCUGAAAAUACAGAAACAAGUGUGACAGUCAAAGUCUCCAGAGGAACUGUGACAGAUUCUCCAAGAUGCUUAGAAAAAAAACUUACCAGCAAAAAAGAUGCUUACCGAAAACUUUCCGAAAACUUUCCGAAAACUUAAAUCUGAAGUUUACCUGAGACUACUGAUACAUGUUUAAAGCAAAGUGAAAUAUUCAGCAAAACAGAUAUUCACUCUGUUUAGUUUAGUGCUGUUUAAUGUAGAGAAUGUUUAGUUUCAUUGUUUUUGAAGGCAUCUUUGCUUUACUCUAUUUCUUUACAUGUGCCUAAGACCUUUGCACAGUACUGACACUGCAGGUCUUCCUGAGCUGAACUCUGUUUCCCUUUUGCAUGCAUCUCAAAGUCAUAGCAUUUUAAAAUCUUGUUACCACCAAAAGUGAAAAUGCAAAAAUUGCAUUUAAAGAUUCCUUCCAAAUUCCACUGAACGUUGCCCCACCUACCUCUACAUUUAAACCCGAAAUCUGCUUACAGAAAAACUAAAUUAUUGCCCAAUUAUUUAUCACUUUGUUUAUCAGCAUCCUCUGCAUCAGUCUAGUUUACAUGCACAUCAGUAUCCUGAUAUUAAUCAGAAUUUGGCGAUACUGUAAUUAGUCUCUUCACUCAACUGAGCUCUGUUUGCGCUAACAUCUGCGGGGAAAUAAUCACUGAUUAAAUCAAUCAGUUCUGUUCUGCUGACUAAAUUUCUAUCUUAUUGUCUUUUUAUUUUUGUCGUUUACAACGGUGGAAAAAGUACAGAGACUGUACACUGUACUUCAGUAAAGGUAUGGGAUCUGUGUAAAAAAAAGCUAGCUUAUUUAACAAGCCAAUUUAUAAAACUUGACUAAUUAGCUAAUCUAAACAAAAUUAUAAAACAUAACUAGGUAGCUAAUUUAUCAAGUUAAUAUACAAAACAUAACUAGCUGGCUAAAUUAACUAGCUAAAUUACAUUAAAAACUUGUACAUAACAUAUCUGGAUUUGAUUGCAAAUUAAAAGAUAUAAUUAUAUUUAACAUUUUGUUUUUAUGUGUUAGGCAAAUGAGAACCAGUAAAGAGUAAAAGAUAUUCUUUCUUUUGGAAAUUUACUUGAGUAGGAGUACAAUUAUUCAAUUUCACUAAUAUUUAAGCAAAGUACAAAUCUUCCACAAUAGGAUCGAGGUAAAGAACAAAGUCCAGUUACUCUGCAGCUGUCAUUAAACACUUUAAAUGUCAUAUGCACAGCGUGUAUAAGCGCUUUUCUCUUUACAGACAUUUCGGCAGCCGUGUCGUCACACACUGAAUCCAUGUCUGCUUCACUGUGGCAUGUUACGAUCCAAAACAUGAUUAAAUGGAGAGAAACGCACACUAAGCUAGCCGGGUUUUAGAGAUGUUUAAGCAGAAUGACUCGGUUUACCUCUGCUUUUGUUAAACUAGCUAAGCCAAGGCAAGGUUAUAAAGUGACAUAAAUAAAAACAUUAUCACAUUAUCUUGGUAAAAUAUAUGUAUGUUUUCAUAAAGUACAGAUGUCAAACUAUAUUGUAGGCAGAAAAAAAACAGAUUUUUCAUGAUUUUUUUUUGUUUGUUUUUGCUCUUUUUUGUUUUCUAAAACACCUACCAUAUACCCCUUUCACUACAAAAGCUUAGCGCUGUCACUUCUGCUCUCUUUCCUCUACACGGGUUUUAUUUUAUUCUGCACUGACCUGCUUUCAGAGACGUGUGUAUGUACAACAAAGUAAUUAAAAGAAUCCUUCUUAAACAAUA